UGAGUAAAUUGCAUUGAAUUUAAUCUUAGCUGCAAAAAUCUUCAACGAUAAUGUUCCCUUCCCACCCUAAAUGCAGAACAGAUUAUUCGUGUUGCAAUUAUGAGCGCCUUAAUAUCAAAUCCACCCCCAUUAAUCUCCCAUUUAUGUAGACCUAAUCCCCAUUCCUCAUUUGCUUCACCUCUCAUUUGCCGCCGCCUCCGAUUUCAGAUCCGCGCUUCCUCUCUGGAGCUCCCGCUCCUGCCUUUCCCGAUCGAUCAGGUGCUCAUUCCGUCUGAGGUUAAAAGCCUUCAUCUAUAUGAAGCAAGGUAUAUAGCGCUGCUGGAAGAGUCUUUGUUUCAGAAGAACAAGUCGUUUGUGCACUUUGUGCUAGAUCCAAUUGGUCUUGGUGGUACGUCAACAGAGGCAUCCUUUGCUGCUAGAUAUGGUCGAAAAAUUAGAUAUCGGAGCAUUGGUUUUGAUAAGAGGUGUAGGUCGAGUAAAACUGUUGGAGUUCCGAAAGCUUUAAAUAAAUUUACCAUGGUUCGUUCAAAGAUCAAAUACCAGCUAAUUGCUGAUGCUCGCACACGACGUGAGACAUUUAAAAAAAGAAAGUCAGGUUUGCUAAAAAAACUAAAUGAAUUGAAAACGUUGUGCAACGUUGAAGCUUGUGGCUUUGUCAUGAAUGAAGAUGGGAGCCAGUCUCAAGUUUGGCCUUCAAUGCCUGCGGCAUCGCAAGUGGUACAAAGGUUCUUAAGCUUGCCUUCUUCUUCCAAAACAACUAAUAUGGUAGACCAGUCUGGCUUUCUUAGGCAAAAUUUGUCUAGGAUAUCCAAGAACUUGGAUAGAGAGACCAGGAAGGUUCAACACCUAGAGAAGGAACUGCGCUUAGUGGAGUGUCUGGCCAAGGAACAGGUGGACAUUAGCAAUUCUAAGGAAUUGUACGAGAUGCUUCGCCUAUUGGACAGGAAGAUUGACCUAGUCGAUCGUAAGAUUGCUGAUGUUGGGCCUUCUAGUUCUGUUAAAGCUGCAAGAGCAAGGGGGAUUAAACCUGACCUUCAUCUUGGAAAGGGGAAACAACCCAUUUGAAGAAUCCUCAUGGAAUCACAUCUCAAUUUCUGGAGGGUUCUGUUAGCCAAAUUCAGAAAUGGCAUAAAGAAAAAAUAAGGCUCAACCGUACUUGACAGGAGAAGUUACACCGAUGCAAGACAGAAAUAAACUUUGAAGUUCUGAAAUUGAAGGAAGUUCUUCACAAUUUGAAUAGGUUAGAUAAAAUUGAAGACACCAUGGGAAGCAUCAUUGCAAACUCAAAUUACAAAUUCUCUUGUUUGGGCUGAAAAGGAAAUAACUUUGGAUUACAUCAGAGAUUUCGUUCCAUCCGUUGCUGAACGUAUUUCUUUUGCUGCGCUUCAACCUGUUUCAGGUUCGAAUCAAUCAGAACUGGCAAAGUUGCAGAAAGAAAAACUGGUGUCGAUGGAAACAAGUGAUACGCUCCCAAGACUAGAGAAAGCUAUCCAAUUGGCCAAAGACAAUAUUAAAAUACUUGCCGCCAAGCUUGCCAUUCAAUCUCUAGAGAGGCAGUGAGGCUUUGUACAAAAGUGCAAUAUUUGCACAGUGUGUCAACUGACUAUUUGUUUUGUUUUGUUUUGUUUAUCAAUAAAAAGGAAGUAUUUCAGUC